UCUCCUACCAAUCUUCCUCCUCCUUCCGAUCCGAUAUAUAUUAAUAUGGGGAAAAGGGAUGGCGCCCAAGGUAAAGGGAGCGGCUCGAGUUUGCAGAUCAAAGGCAGUGAGUCUCGGAGUGCCAACGACAAACAAAAAAAGCCUUUCAAUCCCGCCCCUAGGGUUUCUCGCGGCAUGGAAAACGACGCUGAGCUAAUGGCGACUCCGGAGGAUCCUCAAUUUCGGUACCCUCAUACUAUUACGGCGGAGGAAGCUGGUUUCGACAACCGCUUCCAUCUGGUGCAUGGGUUCUGGGUUCCUUCUGUUAGAGCGGCUGAUUAUCGACGCAUAGUGGAGAGAUUCGGUCAUAUGUGUGUCCAUGAAGAGAUGCCUGUAAAUUCUUUAAUUGUUGUUGCUGAGGAUUUAUUAGGUAUAACGGAUGGCCUUGCUCAGGCGGAGGAGACUCCUAUUGAUCCGGAUACAUUGAGGAAGUGGGAAGCCUUUAUUCAGACUUACCUGCUUAUCCGAUUUCCAAUUCAAUGGCUCAAGGAUUUGCUGAAUGCAUUGCCUCGUGAAAUCGAAAAGCUGGAUCAAGAAUACAGGCGCUUACUCAACGUUGCUAACGUGAAGAAAGAAGCAUAUGACCGGCUGAUAGAAGAUGUUGGACGAUCUACUAAAGAGCUGAGGGAUGCCCGAGUUGCUGCAGAGGAGGUUAACGCGCGCAUUGUUAAGAAGAGGGCGGAGCUAACUGCUUUGAACAUUAAUUGAUCUUUUAAUUUCCUUAUGAGUGGGAUUUUGAACAAUGAUCUCUACUUUCCUUUGUCUUGGUUUAAACAGGAAAAUAUUUGACGUUUAUUUUGCAAGAUACACUUUAUUUGCUUA